AUGGAAAAUCACAACAAUGUCACGGAGUUUGUUUUCAAAGGUCUCUGGGGAAAUAAGCAAAUAGCGUUACUGUUCUUUUUCUUGUUCCUGCUUUGUUACCUUGCAGUCUUAGUGGGGAAUGUCAUCAUUUUGCUCACCAUCACCUGCAGCCAUCUAAUUGAACAACCCAUGUACUACUUCCUCUGCCACCUGUCUGUUAUGGACCUCUGCUAUACCUCCACUGUGGUCCCCCGCCUAAUCAGGGACUUGGCUGCCGCGAGAAAACACAUUUCUUACAACCACUGCAUGACCCAGCUCUUCACUGCCCACUUGCUGGCAGGGGUAGAAAUAUUCAUCCUGGUGUCCAUGGCUUUGGACCGCUAUGUUGCCAUUGUCAAGCCCCUGCACUACAUGGCCAUCAUGAGCCGGAAGAGGUGCAACCUGUUGAUUGUCAUGGCCUGGGGCGUGGGGUUUUGGCAUUCGGUGGCUCUGCUGCUCAUGGUACUCAGGUUGCCCUUCUGUGGCCCUAAUCUGAUAAAUCACUACAUAUGUGACGUCAAGCCCCUUUUGCAAUUGGUCUGCCAAGAUAUUCAUGUUGUUAGUAUCUUGGUGAUCGCUAACUCAGGGAUGGUGGUAGUUGCAAUUUUUCUUGUCCUCGUUGCUUCCUACAUUCUCAUUUUAUAUAAUCUUAGGACGAGGUCGGCCGCAGGUAGACGUAAGGCUCUCUCAACCUGUAGCUCUCACGUAAUGGUUGUCAUUUUAUUUUUUGUGCCCUGUAUCUAUACCUACGUGUUGCCAGCAGGUAGUGAGAACAAGGAUAAGGAAAUCUCUGUGUUUUACACUGUGAUUGCCCCCAUGCUGAAUCCUCUCAUCUAUACCCUGAGAAAUGUGGAGAUGAAAGUUGCCAUGAGAAAGGUGUGGUCUCGAAUGUCACAUUCAGAAUUCAAGUAA